ACAUAUGCAUGGGUUUAUAUCUGGGCUCUCUAUUCUGUGUCUGUUUUUAUGUCAGUACUAUACUCUCUUGGUUACUUUAGUUUUUUAAUAUAGUUCAAAAUCAAGAACUGUGAUGCUUCUGGCUUUAUUCUUCUUUCUCGAGAUUGCUUUGGCUGUUUGGAGUCUUUUGUGGUUCUGUAUAAAUUUUAAGAUUGUUCUGUUUCUGUGAAAAAUGCCACUGGAAUUUGGUCAGAAUUGCACUGAAUCUGUAGAUGACUUAGGGUAGCAUGAACAUUUUAAGAGUACUCUUCUAAUCCACGAACGCAGAAUAUUCAUUUAUUUGUGUCAAUUUCUUUUGUCACUGUCUUAUAGUUGAUUUUAUAUAGGCUUUUCAUCUCUUUGGUUAAAUUUAUUCAUAGGUACUUUAUUCUUUUUGAUGCAGUUGUAAGUGGGAUUAUUUUCUUAGUUCCUUUUCUCUGGUACUUCAUUACUGAUUUUAUAUCCUGCAACGUUACUGAAUUUGUUCAUUCCUAGAGUCUUUUGGGGAAGUCUUUAGAGUUUUCCAUAUGUAAUACCGUAUUGUCUGCACAUAGGGAUAGUUUUUUUACUUCUUUUUUUUUUUUUUCCUAUUUGGAUAUUUCUUAUUUUUCUAGCCUGAUUGCUCUGGCUAGGACUUCCAAUAGUAUAUUGAGUAAAAGUGGUGAGAGUGAGCAUCCUUAUUUUUUAAUCUUAGGGAAAGCUUUCUGCUUUGUACUUGUGUGUAUAAUGUUAGCUAUGACAUUUAUCAUGCUGAGGUACAUUCUCUCUCUACCCACUUAGUUCAGAGUUUUUAUUAUGAUGAGCAUUGAAUUUUGUCAGAAACUUUUCUGCAUUUAUUGAGCUGUUCCUAUGAUUUGAAUCCUUCGUUUUGUUAAUAUGUAUCACAUUGAUUGGUUUGUGGAUGUUGGACCAUCGCAUCCCUGGAAUAAAUCCCACUGGAUCCUGGUAUAUGAGUCUUUUAGUGUAUUGUUGAAUUUGGUUUGCUAAUGUUUUCAUGAGGGUUUUGCAACUGUAUUUGUCAGGGUUAUUGGCCUGUAAUUUUCAUUUCUUGUGGUGUCCUUGUCCUGUUUUGUUAUCAGGAUAAUUGUGGCCUUGUUGUAGAAGCACUUAAAAUUCUCUGAAAAGUUUUCUGGACCAGAAGGGCCUACACUGACCACACCUCCCAAAGGCUGUAUGUUCAGCUGGGAGCUCAGAGCCAGAGCCCUGCCUUUGGCCCAGAUGUGGGUUUGUGUUGAAGAGGUGUAUGUGGGGAAGCUCCCUGGAGGGUCUUCUCCACUUGGGGAGCUGGGAGGAUAGCAGAGCAUGGGCCUCACCUCCCCUGGGCCGUUGCUCGCUUCCUAGGAGCUUGUGUUUUCCUUGCCCUGUGCAACGAGCAGCCUCGCCUGCUGACUUAAUGUCCCUGUGCUUGCCCAGGAACAGGCCGGGCUCUUGCCAUGGGGCACUGUCGCCUCUGCCAUGGGAAGUUCUCCUCACGGAGUCUCCGCAGCAUUUCUGGCAGGGCACCUGGGGACAGUUCAGGCAGACCACCUCCAGGGGAGCGAGUUUUCACCAGGGACUUCCAGCAUCUGCUGGGGGUGGCCGUCCACCAGGACCCAGCUCUGUCUCAGUUCGUCUGCAAGAACUGCCAUGCCCAGUUCUACCAGUGCCAUGGCCUCCUCAAGUCCUUCCUGCAGAGAGUCAACGUCUCCCCGACGGGCCACCGGAAGACUUGCACAAAGUGGACCUGAUCACUUCGAGCCCCCAGGGCCUGCGCGACUUGGUGGCAUGGGUGCAUGGACACGCAGCCAGCUGUGGGGCCCUGCCUAACCUCCAGAGGACACUGUCCUCCGAGUACUGCGGUGUAAUCCAAGCUGUGUGGGGCUGUGACCAGGGCCACGACUAUACCAUGGAUGCCGACUCCAGCUGCGGGGCCCUCUUGCUGGACAGUGCAUUGGCAGUCAAGUGGACAUGGGACAAGGAGAUGGCCCCAUGGCUCACCCAGCAUCGGGGCUCCAACCCCACUGGGGCUGCCCCUCAGAGCUCCCAAGGCAGAGCGACCACAGCUCCAGCCGAGACCGAGACACUGCCCAGCACGGACCUGGCCCAGCCUUCUUCAGAUGUCAACCCUGUAGGGCCUGGGCUGGGCCCCCCAUCUCAGCCAAGCUUCCCCUCAAGUGGGGCCCCAGGGCGGUUGGGUGAGAAGCAGGUUCCAUCUUCAACCUCGGAUGAUCGGGUAAAAGACGAGUUCAGUGACCUUUCUGAGGGGGACAUCCUGAGUGAAGACGAAAAUGACAAGAAGCAGAAUACCCAGUCCUCAGAUGAAUCCUUUGAGCCUUACCCAGAAAAGAAAGUCUCUGGUAAAAAGAGUGAAAGCAAAGAAGCCAAGAAGUCUGAAGAACCAAAAAUUCGAAAGAAACCUGGACCCAAGCCGGGCUGGAAGAACAAGCUCCGCUGUGAGAGGGAGGAGCUGCCCACCAUCUACAAGUGCCCUUAUCAGGGCUGCACGGCCGUGUACCGAGGGGCUGAUGGCAUGAAGAAGCACAUAAAGGAACACCACGAAGAAGUCCGGGAGAGACCCUGCCCCCACCCUGGCUGCAACAAAGUGUUCAUGAUUGAUCGCUACCUGCAGCGCCAUGUGAAGCUCAUCCACACAGAGGUGCGGAACUAUAUCUGUGAUGAGUGUGGACAGACCUUCAAGCAGCGGAAGCACCUUCUAGUCCAUCAGAUGCGCCACUCAGGAGCCAAACCUCUGCAGUGUGAAGUCUGUGGGUUCCAGUGCCGGCAGCGGGCAUCCCUCAAGUACCACAUGACUAAACACAAGGCUGAGACCGAGCUGGACUUUGCCUGUGACCAGUGUGGCCGGCGGUUCGAGAAGGCCCACAACCUCAAUGUGCACAUGUCCAUGGUCCACCCUCUGACGCAGACCCAGGACAAGGCCCUGACCCUGGAGCCAGCACCAGGGCCUGUGGAAGGCCAGGCCGUGAAGCCCGAGCCCACCUGAGUGGAGGUGGUGAACAGGGUGACGACAGUUUCAGUAGUUCCUCAUAUGCGAACUGAUGGCACAGCUUUGCUCGCUCGCUCCCCUGGAGCCCCCAUGCUGUACACUCCCCCCACCCCACCCCCCCACCCUGUGUGUCAGGAGGGCAUUGAUCUGCAGUAUGGGGAAGGCGGGCUCAGUAUGCAACUCAUGUUGCCUUUCUAGCCUCCACUCUGGGACCAGCAUUUUCCUACGAAUACUGAGUGACUUGGGGCCAGAUGGAUUUUAAAUAACUGAUUCCUGUUCCCCACUAAAACAAUCAAGGAGAUUUGUAAUCCACUUUUUAGUGCAAGAGCUCCAUGUUAUGCUUGUAAUAAAUUAUUUACAAAGGAGCUGGGCUGUGCACUGCGCAGGGUCCAGUCAGAAGAGAUGGGGCUCCUGGUAGAGGUCGUCGUCGGAUACUGCUUGAUGUCUGCUCAGGAGGGCUGCACUCACCUCUGGGUCACAAUGUCCACUAGUGGCCAGCAGCUGCAAGAAAAUAACUGUGCUCAGCCUAGUGCGGCCCCAGGACACCCAGGGCCAGCAGAGAAGCUGGCAACCAUGGCCCUGCAGGUGAGUGGCCACAAUGCAAGUGUCUUCAGCACUCUUAAUGUUUAAACAGUGAUUUGGACUUAAAAGUACACAUGCAACUGAGGAUCUGGGUGUUACCUCUGCCAUGUUUGCAAAGCUCUUUUCUGGGCACCUAGGUAUUGAUUGCAGCAGAAAGUGACGAGCUUUUAUUAUCAAGCCUACAGGGUCACCCUAGAGAGAAGACAGGCAGAGCCACAGGUCAGGGGGUAUACUGUGAGGGGUCAUGAUGCACCCCCACCUGCUCACUGUACCACGAGAGUUGGCUGCAUGGGUAUGUGAGUGGUGUCACCUGCCUGGCCCUGGAGCUCCUGGCUCCUGCCAGCUAGAGCUGAGACUGCACUUGUCUCCCCAGUCACGAAGAGACAGAUCAGCUUUAGGUACAUGUCGACAGCAACGCGCAGGAAGGCAUCUUCCCUGAUGAAGGCGUCUUCAUCAAAGUAGGAGAGAAGGCUGAAGGUAAGAGAAGAGAGCACAUGUCUCUUAAGAUCAUACAGAAGUGAGUGGCAGCACAGAGCAGCUACUCAUCUGAGGAACGAGGUUACAGGCAUCUUUCCCAUGUGAAGGGAGACUCAAAAUGGUCCCACAGGAUUGGGGAAGGAGUGACACCCUUUCUCUGACCACACAACCGCCUGGGUGUGAACUCCUUCACUGAGAGAGAGAGAUGGUAUUAAGUCACCGACCAGAGGAGCAGGGGCACUUACCUGUAGAAGGCAAACGGUAGCAGCCUGAUGUAUGGAUCUGGGGCCAGGCGGAGGAGGACUUGCCCCAGACCACCAUCUGCAACCAAAGGAGGAGGUGGGCUCAGGGGACCUCAGGUGCCUGCCUGUGACGAGUGUUGUCCUCAUGCCAGGGCGAAGAGGCAGGGAGGCAGAUCCCCAUAGGACGGCCUAGUGGCACCCUGGGACCCCCCUGUACUCCACUCAACUCUUCUGUGAUUUAAAGGAAUUUGUACUGCAUUUAUCCUAGUGGUUUACAUACUUGGUGUGAAGAUAGACUUCCAAAGAGGAGUUAGUGAACUAAGGCCCAAGGGUGAAUACUUAACCCUUGAAAGUUUCUGAAGGAGGACUAAAUAAAAGUGGGGACCACAGCCUGCCUCUACUGGGUCACCCAUGUUGCUGGUAACUAGGACCUACUCAGGCCAGCCCCUGCUACCAAGUCUCAGGGGCUUCUCACCAGUGUCUGUCAACUGAAAGAGCACCAGCCAGGAGACCUUCCUCUUGUCCAAGCACCUCAGGAUCUCAGCACAGAUGUCCACAGCCUUCAGGAAGUCAACAGCCUAUGGCCCACAGAAGAGACAGGCUGACUAUCUGUAGACAGGCUUGCCCUGGGAAGGGGUGUGGCCUCCAGCCCAGAAGGGAGCCUCUGCUCACUUUGUUGAGUCUUGAGUUGUGACUGAGGAAUAGGCCAGGGACCCAGGGGUUCUUGCUUCUGCAAGCAGAGGACUCCCAACAAGCCCUUCCAAAGGUUUCAGGGCCUUCCUCCUCCCAGAGACCCUGCCUUACCCAAUGGGGUCUUACAUGUGGGGUGAGAUGUGAUGAAAGCAGGCCCAUUAAGGAAAAGAAAAACAGGACAACCAGCAGCUACAAAUAAAAUCAGUACAUUUACAACAUGAAAAUCAGCUAGGCUGUACCCUCAAAGAGUAAUUCUAAGUAAGGAAUGUCGACAUUGUUCUUUGACCGAACAUUUAUAGGCAGAGGGCAUAAAUCUUACCCCUAAGUGGAUCUUCUCAGGAAGGAAAAUUUUCAAGUGAUAAUUUGAGGAUAUCUUACUGACUGGGUCAUUUUCUAUGUGCCUUAAACACAGUUUGAAAGGGGCUGCAAGGGAAAACUGUGCGAGCCAUCCCCGGCCCGGCCCAGCCCUGCUCCUGGGCUUCUUGUCCGGAACGGUGUCUAAGAUCCCAAGAGAUAAAUGCACAGGUCCCAUGCUGAUUUGAGGCCAGAGUCCACCUCCUCCCACCUUCCCUGGAGCGCACCCAGGUUGGCUGGGGUCUCUCUGGAUACUUCCCCUCAGCACACACAGGCCUGAGAGGCUUGGAGCCAUUGAAAUUACCAAAACCUAAAGCAGGCAUGUAUGUCUGGAGUGACAGGUUGACUUUCUAGUUUACAAAUGGUUUAGUUCAGGGAGCGGUGAGGGAAAUAAGGCUGUGGGAGAACAGAGAAGGUCCCUGGGGCAGCUGACAGCCCCAGCCUGGGUUGUGGGGAAGAUAAAAACAAGCAGAAUCAAAAGUUAAACAUGUAAAAAAAAAAAAAAAAAAAAAAAA